AUGGAGGUAAAUGUUCCUUUGUUGACCAUGAUUAAGCAAAUUCUAAAAUAUACAAAGUUUCUUAAGGAUCUAUGCGUGCAUAAAAAUAAAUUAAAGGGGAGCGAGUUAAUUAGCACGGGGAAGAAUGUUGUAGCGCUUAUUCAACCAGUUCCUCAAAAAUAUGAAGAUCCUGGAGUUUUUACUGUGUCGUGCAUGAUUGCAAGUUGUGUUUUCGAAGAUGCUAUGCUAGAUCUAGGAGCAUCGAUCAAUGUAAUGACGGAGUCAGUCUUUCAGAUACUUGGCAUAGGUCCCCUACAGUCGGCAGGAGUUGUUAUUCAGUUUGCUAACCGAAGCCAAGCUCAUCCAGCUAGAGUGAUUGAAGAUGUUUUGGUGAAUGUGAGAGAACUUAUUUUUCCUAUAGAUUUUUACAUCCUGGAUAUGCAAGGCGAUUUACUUGCAAAUAAGUCUCCAGUCAUUCUUGGUAGACCAUUCCUGAAAACUACAAGAACAAAGAUUGAUGUACACACAGGGACACUUUCAAUGGAGAUCGCAGAUACAUUUGAUAUUUCUAAUAGUGAUGAGUUCAGAUAUGUUUCUGAGGAUUCUGCUCAUGUUAAUGGUGAUUUUGGAGCAAUUGAGUUGAAACCUAUUUGUGAAUUGUUUUCAUUUAAGGGAGAAUGUGUAAGUGUAGUUGAUUGUACAGUGGAAGCAAUAUCCCAAGAAUCAUAUCUAUUGAUUGGAGUAUCACCUAAGUCAUUUAAAGGAUACUGUGUAAGUGUAGGGGAUUACACAGUGGAGGCAAUACCCCAAGAAUCACUACCGUUAGUUAUUCAGUCACAACCACUUGAGUUGAAGCCUUUACCUGAGCAACUUAAGUAUACAUUUUUGAGAGAGGAUCAGUAG